AUGCCCCGAGCCGGGCUCUGCAGCUGCUGGGGAGGCCGGGUGCUGCCCCUGCUGCUGGCCUAUGUCUGCUACCUGCUGCUCGGUGCCACUGUCUUCCAGCUGCUGGAGAAGCAGGCGGAGGCUCAGUCCAGAGACCAGUUCCAGUUUGAGAAGCUGCGCUUCCUGGAGAACUACACCUGCCUGGACCAGCGGGCCCUGGAGCAGUUUGUACAGGUCAUCAUGGAAGCCUGGGUGAAGGGUGUGAACCCCAAGGGCAACUCCACCAACCCCAGCAACUGGGACUUUGGCAGCAGCUUCUUCUUCGCAGGCACAGUUGUCACCACCAUAGGAUAUGGUAACCUGGCACCCAGCACGGAGGCAGGCCAGGUCUUCUGCGUCUUCUACGCCCUGGUGGGCAUCCCACUCAACGUGGUCUUCCUCAACCACCUGGGCGCAGGCCUGCAUGGCCACCUGGCUACCCUGGAGAGGUGGGAGGAGCAGCCCAGGCGCUCCCAGCUGCUGCAGAUCCUUGGCCUGGCUCUGUUCCUGACCCUGGGGACGCUGGUCAUUCUCAUCUUCCCGCCCAUGGUCUUCAGCCAUGUGGAGGGCUGGAGCUUUGGGGAAGGCUUCUACUUCGCCUUCAUCACUCUCAGCACCAUUGGCUUCGGGGACUAUGUUGUCGGCACAGACCCCAGCAAGCAUUACAUCUCCGUGUACCGGAGCCUGGCCGCCCUCUGGAUCCUCCUGGGCCUGGCAUGGCUGGCGCUGAUCCUCCCACUAGGCCCUCUGCUUCUGCACAGGUGCUCCCAGCUCUGGCUGCUCAGACUGAGGCAAGACUGUGACACAGAGAAGGCUCCAGGUGGGACACACAGGGAAGGAUCUACAGCAGCAAGAGAGACCCAGGUUAUAUGGCAGGACUUCCUAAUAUGGAGAAGAGGCUUGGGAGACAGAAGACCCCCAGGGGACUCCUUACGUACCCUGCACCCUUCCUCCAAGAAGGGAGUAAGGGGGCCUCUUCAGAAUUAGGGAAUGGAUAAGCGCACUGGUGAGGGAUCCUCUUGCCUCCCAAGUUCAUAGACAAAUGGGGAUCAACUGGGGUCCCUCACCUUUGUGUACACAACAGAAAGAAGAGUGUUACAAGAGAUCCAGGGAGACUCCACAGGCGGCAAGUCCUUGGUGAUAGUCCCAGGGUCCAAGAACUUGGGCUGGGGCCCUAAGGCAAUAAACUUGGCUUCUACUUUC